GCCACGCAGCGUCAUUACCAUGGAGACAGAAGUAUCAACGAGACGCCAGAGGACCUUUUCUGGUUUCUUGUUCUGCCUGCUAACAAAAUGUUAACUUAGCUUUUCCAUGAAGACAUAAUACAGAUCAUUUCAGGUCCCUUCAGAAACCAUGACGCACGUUAAUGAUAUAUAUGACGCAAUCAUGCGAGAGCUAAAUAACACUGUCAUCUGUGAUACUGAUGAAACCACAGGAAGGCUGGAAAGUUCUUCAUUUCACGAGGAGAUGGAUGAAGAUGAAAUACCAUCAUCUCUUCUCAGCUACUUCGAACGCUCCAAAAGCAGAGCAGCAGUGUGUGAAAAGCUCAUCCUGGAGGAACCUGAAGACUUCUUUGCAUCACAUCACACUGAGGACAUGAUGAAUGUGCCUAAUCGGCUUGAUGAGGACAUGAUGAAACUGAAUGAACAGGUUGUUUGUGACCCAGUAACCACUGAGAACAACACCUCCACUGACAACCGCCUCCUUCAUGCACCCACUGACCCAGAGGACCUUCUCACUCACAGUGUGUCAGUGUGUCCCAACAAUGAAGCUGGAACAGAUGAAUCUGAGGAGAGUGAGAAGCAGUAUGUGUCUGGAGUGAGACUCCUUGAGAUCUCUCUGGAUGAGGAGGAGAACCUGAGGAGCAGUGGGUACGAGGCAGAGCGAGAGAAACUUCGCCAUGAGGAGGUUAAAGAAGAGGAGCACAGGAGACAAAUAGAAGAUGAUUUUCAGAAGGAGCUGAAGAGCAUAAUGGAGGCAGAAAAGCUCCGUCAGAGGGAACUGGAGCUGAUGGAGAAGAAAGCUCAGGAAAAACUGGAUCAGGAGCUGCUGCUUCAGCAGGAAGUAAUCAGCAGCCUGCAGAGACGAGUGGAGGAGGAGAGGAGGAGGAUGGAAGAAGAGCAGAAGCGACUGAAGGAUGAGGAAGACAAGAGGAAAAGGGAGGAGGACAGAAUGAAAAAGGAGACAGAGAGGAAAAGAAUGGAGGAGGUGGAAAGAAGGAAGAAAGAUGAAGAGAGAAAUAUACAAGAAAUGAAACUCAAAGAAGAGGAAGAGAGGAAAAGGGUGGAAGAGGAAAAGAGAAGGAUGGAGAGGGAGGAAAAGAGGAUGAGAGAAGAGAAAAGACUGCUGGAUUUGGAAAAAAAGAAGCGCGAGGAUGAAACUAGAAUGAUGAAGAAGAAAGAAGAGAGGAAAAAGAAAGAGGAAGAGAAGAAGUUCGAGGAGGAGGCGAGGAGGAGGGUGGAAGAAGAGCAGAAGAGACUGAAGGAUGAGGAGGACAAGAGGAAAAGGGAGAAGGAGAGAAUGAAAAAAGAGGAGGUGGAAAGAAGGAAGAAAGACGAAGAGAGAAAAAUACAAGAAAUUAAACUUAAAGAAGAGGAAGAGAGGAAAAAGAUGGAAGAUGAAAAGAGGAUGAGAGAAGAUAAAAGACUGCUGGAUUUGGAAAAGAAGAAGCUUGAUGAUGAAAUGAGAAUGAUGAAGAAGGAAGAAGAGAGGAAAAGGAAAGAGGAAGAGAAAAAGUUCAAGGAGGAGGAGGUGGGGACAAGAGAUGAAGAGAGGAAAAAGAUAGAAGAGGUCAGAAGGAUGGAGAGAGAAAGGAGAAAAAAGGAGCAAGAAAUGAUGAAAGAAGAGGAAGACAGGAACAAAACUGAAGAAGAAAAGUUAAGAUCAGAGGAAGGAAGGAGGAAAAUGAAGGAGAAUGAAGAGAGAAGAGAGCGGCAAAAGAGAGAGGAGGUAGAGAGGAUAAGGAAAGAGGAGAGGAAUGAAAGAGAAAAUGUUGAAGAGGCCGGGAAGACGAGUGAAACAGAGGAGAAAAAAAGUGAGGAUGAAAUGAUCCUGAAGAUGAAAGAGGAGAUGGGGAGAAAAACUUCCAUUCAGGGAAAGAUGAAUAAAGAUACAGGGAAGUGGAAUACAGGAGAAAAUGGAAAUCAAAAGGAAGAAGUUAAAGUGGGUGAUCAGAAACAGAGAGAGGAGGAGAGAAAAGACAGAGAAGAGAAAAGGAAAGAAGAACAGAGGACCAUCAGAGAGGAUAAGGGGAGGGGAAACGAUGAUGCAAGCAGAGCAAAUGAAGGAGAAGGCACAGCGAGGCACCGGGAUCAAGAGGAUUACAAAAAAUCAGAAGAUGGAAAAAGGCUCACGGAAGAUAAGGAGGGGUUUAAAGGGUAUGAUGGGGACAAGAGAGAGGUGGAGAGUGAGAGCAAAACAAAAGAUAAAGAGAGGAAAAAGGAAGAGGAGGGAGGAAAGCUAGAAGAGAGGGAGAGAGAAAAUGUAGAGGCAGAGGAAAAGCAGGUUGGGAGGAAAAAGAUAGAAAAGGACAUACAGGCUAGUACAGAUAGAGGAGAGGGAAUGAGACCUGCAGAAAAGAAGGAGAUUAAUAAGAGAAUGGUGCAGGGAGUGGAGGAUGAGGUAAAAAAAGUAGGAGAAAGUGAGCUCCAAAUGAAACGUAUGAAAAGUGAAUAUGAAGAUGUAACAGAAGGCUCCAUCUGGACUUCUUCAAGUCCUGGUCCUCCUAACAUGAAGUCUGUAAUCACCUCCUCACCACGACAUGACCCAGACAAGACCUCAACUCAGACCUCCACAUAUAACACCGUGGACUGUGAGAACCAGGAAGAAAGGCCGUCCUCUGUGUCUGAUUCUUUACCCGCGUACCUGCCAGAGCACACAGAACAGAAGAGGCUGUCCUGGAUGAAGGAGUGCGUCCCCUGGUCCAAACUGUCCCUUCAGAACAGAAGGAAGCAGAAAGCAUCUCAUCGGGGAGGAAGAGGGACAAGGAGGGCUGUCGAGGCCGGCAGUCUGACACCUCUCUGCUCAGACUUUCUGCUUCAGUCCACAGGAUGGAAAUCCCUGAAAGAGGUGACAACAGUGACCCUUGAGGACUUGCCUGGCUGCAGCUUGUCCACUCUUUCUCAGUGUGCUCAGCUUCAGUCCCUCACUCUCAGACGCUGCGGCCUCAGAUCUCUGGAAGGCGUCAACCAGUUGUCACAGCUGUGCUACAUCGAUUUACAGGAAAACAAAAUCUCAUUUAUAGACUGUGAAAAUCUGAUGAGUCUACGAGUUCUUAAACUGGGCCACAACAAACUGACGUCCAUCCACGGAUUAACUGGAGCUGAAAAUGUGGAAGUUCUGGAGCUCUCACACAACUCCAUAACGCGCAUCGCCGGUCUGGAGUCCAUGAAGAGACUGCAGAAGUUGUCUCUGGAUCACAACCAGCUGAUCAGCACCAAAGGACUAAAGGACGUUUACACUCUGCUCCACCUGAACUGCUCACACAACCACCUGGUCAGGGUGGAGGGUGUGGAGAACAGCGCUCUGCUCAACACAUUGGACCUGAGAGGCAACAGCCUUACCGAGCCCCCCAGUCUGAACAACCAGGUGCUCCUCCGAGAGCUGCAUCUCGACGACAACAGCAUCUCCUCCCUGCAGGGCCUCGCUGACUGCUGGGUUCCUCUCCUGCAGCAUCUCUCUGUGGCUCAAAACCGAAUUACCCAGCUGCCCUCCAUGUCUGAUGCCGUGUCCCUUGCAAAUCUUGAUCUUCGAUUCAACUGCUUGUCAGAGCUCCAGAAUGUGAGUGAGAAUCUGGAGGGGUGUCAAUUCCUGCGAGAGCUCCACCUCACAGGGAAUCCUCUUCAGCAGGAGAGCGGCUGGAGAUCCACUCUCCAGAAAGCACUACCUGGUCUGAGGUCCAUUGAUGACCAGGAGACAGACUCCUUUCUAUCGCCCCCUGCUGUUCAGCAGCUCAGCCUGGCCUCAGGCAGCUUCCUCGCGCUCUGUCAGGCUCAGCUUCAGCAGACUCAUGAUGUGCAGCAGCAGCACAGCAGGGAGCUCAGUGAGGCCCCCUCUCCUCUGGAUGCUGUAAAGCUCUCCUGCAGACACUUCGCCGAGGCUCUGCAGCUGGCUGUGGACCAGAGAUUUGCCCAUGAAUAUGGUGACACCUCAGUGGCGGACAUACCAAAGGCUGCAGGGCAAACAACUGACAAGAAAACUCUUAAUGUGGCUGGAACCAAAGCUGAGGAACGUACUGAGGAACGAGAAAUAAAGUGUACUAGGAAUGUUCCACCAGUUGUCCAAAGCAGAGACAAUAUUAGACGCAGCGACUGGACUUCAGGGGAGAAAUCAGCAGCAGAAAGUCAGCACAGGACAUUUUCAGGGCCAACAGCGAGCAGAGCUAACUCUGACAGCAUUAACACCUCAGCAACAAAGGAAAAAACAUCCUCCCUCCAUCUUGAAGUGGCGUCUGUGUCCAACCAACAUGACCUGAACCUCCAAAAUAAAGCAGCAGUCAUGAUUCAGCAGCUAUGGAGGAAAUACAAGCAGAAAUGUGGGAACAUCAGGCGUCCUUCUACAGCUGAGAAGGGAGGAGGGGAUGGAGGAAAGCCAGAGGAGUCAGGACCUGCCUUAAUUAACAGGAGUGUCCAAGAUUAUGCAGCAACUGUCAUCCAGGCUGUUUGGAGGGGCUUCACUCUGAGGAGGAGGCUCGCAUCUGCUCUGGCCGCCGUCACAUGCUCCGACACCGGAGAGGACGACACCUUUGAGGAGGUGGACGUGGAUGAAUUUGUCUUUGAUGAGGCAGCACUGGAAGAACACUGGACUCCUCUUUGGGAGGACCCACCAUCUAGAUCUUACACCGUCUCAGAGCAGCAGCUGACUCUAAAGCUUCCUGAACCCUCCCAGCACGCACUCCCUUCACAGCCUGUAUGGAGGUCAAAGCAGGCCUGGGUGGAUGAAGAACAGGAGGACUGUGGUGGGCAGAGAGUUUCCCCAGUGAGCUCUGUUAGAAUGAAACCUCUUGCCUCCACACCUGUGCCCAGAGGUCUCACUGAAAGAUCAGAAAAGAUUCUUGAGGAGUGGGGCUUCACUCACAGCCACACAGCCUUAAUGAUGCUCAAGAGGGCUCAGAAGAUGAAGUCGAAGAAGCAACAGCAGAGGAAAAGAAGUGACCCCUCUGCCCUUCAGUUCUCAUUCAGAAACUGCAGUUACCAGAUGGAUCCAGCGGGGGCACAGAACAGGCGAGCAAAGAACAAGAGAUGUGAUAUACAAGUUGGUGAGGUGGAGCUGGGCCUUCAGCUGGCAGAGAAGAUGGAGAGAGUGAAGCAGGAACGAGCUCAGCAGUGGCUGCACACUCAGGCUGCUCUCGCUGACAGGGACUCAGAGAGUGUUCGUUUCUUACCGGAGAUCAGUGCAGGCAUUCUGAACGGAGGCAGAGUGCAGCUUGUGGCAGAUCCUGGAUACACAGAACGUCAACAUCACGCCAGUGGAUUGCUGGCCAACAACAGUUUAGCUGCCCGGCCCUGCAAAGAGAACAGUUAUCCUCGCAGCAACUCAUUGGGUCAUGCAAGAUUAGAGGUUCCCUCACCGAAGCGAGACUCGUCUGCUCCGUCCAAAAAGGAGCGCAUCUCCUACAGAGACAACCCGGUCCAGCUGAGCGGCGGCUGGGGAGGAGGGAAGAAGAGGGACAGAGUGCACAAGUAAACCACAAACUCUUCAAUAACGAUGUUACCUUCUAUGCCGUCCUUCCUGACACUGAAGGUAACAGAGAGACCGACACAUUUAUUUUCCUUCCUGUGAUUUAUAUCCCAAAAUUGAGCUUUGAAUAGCAACUUGCAACUUAGAAUCCGGUGUUGUGGGAGUCAAAACAGAAAUAAACUGAUAGAUAACAGCAUCACAGGGAUGUUUUUCUCUGUGAAGACUUUA